GGUUGUUGUUUGGCAGAAAAUGCGGGCAGUGGAGUGAGGGUCAAGGCGCCGCGUUUACUUCGCUCUUCCUCUCCUAGGUCGGGAUUGCCCCUCGCCUCGCCCCAAGAUCUCUGCGCGAGAGAGGAUCGCGGGACUGGCGCGCGGAUCCGCGGCUGGAGUUUGGGAUUCUUGGCGAUUCUUGGCGAUUUCUCGGCGGUUCUUGGCGGUUCUUAGCGAUCCCUGGUGGAUAAUCUCUCUCCGAAACCAUGGAUGUGGAUGUUUUACACUAUGGAGGCGGCAGCCAUAGCCAUACCAGGGAUCACUAUGUCCAAGUAGCGGCAAAAGCUGGCCUGGAGAACGUCCAUCGAUUGAUCGACAUUCUUUCCAGAGACAAGCCUCCGGUGUUACAGGAAGACAGCAGCCUCGCAGCGUCCUCGGCAAUGUUGCAGUUCAAAAAGGUGAAUUCGCUCUUGAGUCGGACUGGGCACGCUCGUUUCAGGAAAGGGCCAACACAACCCAACGUAAUGACCACCUCGGUUUUCCUGGUGAAUCACUCCUCCAAGGACGAGCAGCAGGAGAGCAUUCAGAAACUCGCCAAAGAAGAGCCAGCAGCUGGGACGGAGCUCGCUCUUGGAUCGAUGUGCUUCAGCUCCGAUAAUUCCAUGAGCUCCAGCCCGCCACCUUCGUCGUCCAGAUCGUUCAUCUCGUCCCUGAGCCUCGAGGGGAGCGUCACAAACGGCGGGCUCUUCGAGAACAGCGUCACCAAUGGGACCAUUUUCAAGCCGGUUCCUCCCAAGAGCAGCCAUCCCGUUGAAAAAUGCUCGGCCGCGAGCAUUCUCGACAAGUGUCGAAGCGUUGGCAAGUGCCAUUGCUUCAAGCGCACCAGAAAGCUUAGAGUCAAGCGAGUGAUCAGCGUGCCUGCCGUCAGCAACAAGAUCGCUGACAUUCCCCAGGACGAGUACUCUUGGAGAAAAUAUGGUCAGAAGCCGAUCAAAGGCUCUCCACAUCCAAGGGGCUACUACAAAUGCAGCAGCUUGAGAGGCUGUCCCGCGAGAAAGCACGUAGAGCGGUGCCUGGACGAUCCGACAAUGCUGCGUGUGACUUACGAGGGAGAGCACAGUCAUGGCGUGCAACCGCGGUAGACUUUUGCUAAUUGCUUUUUUUCGUUCUUCUCGGAAGCGAGCUUCACUUGGUUGAGUUCUCUUCUGGGAUGUACAUAACAUACAAAUCAACUUAUUGGCCACAGCAUUUACAGCGAAAAA